AAGAAGUAGAAAAUGAAAACGAAGAAGUAGCCUACAACACGAAAACAACAAAGAAAUGUUUACGGAAAUAGUGUCGUUGUUUGCGUUUUCACGUCUAAAGCCAAAUACUGUAUCUGUUCAUACUUAAAGUGUUUAACCAUUCAAUGCUAGUUCAGAGGAUGAGUAACGUUACCUUUUGAACAGUGAUCCGCUUUCUUUUUCAAUCAAGCGAAAGUUAGAUGAAUGUUUGUGAUUAGAUGUAUAGAUGAUAAAAGAGGAAAGUCAUGGCUAUAGCGCACGCCGCCACAGAGUAUGUGUUCACGGAUUUCGUGCUAAAGGAGCCCGCGUCAGAAAACAGGUAUAAAGGCAUCCGGUUAGAUCUGGCCCUGGAUAAGAUGGUCACCUGUGUCGCGGUGGGUCUACCUCUGCUUCUCAUCUCUCUAGCCUUCGCUCAGGAAGUGUCUGUCGGUACACAGAUUAGUUGUUUCUCCCCUUCAAAGUUCUCAUGGCGUCAGGCUGGUUAUGUGGAUUCAUAUUGCUGGGCGGCAGUACAAACACAGGACACGGGAGGCCUGCCACUGUGGCUGCAUAAGUUUUUCCCUUAUAUCCUGUUGCUGGUGGCAGUAUCAGUUUACAUGCCAGCCUUGUUUUGGCGGUUCACAGGAGCACCUGUGCUUUCUUCUGAUCUGACCUUUAUAAUGGAAGAACUGGACCGUUCCUACAACAGAGCCAUCAAACUGGCUAAAUGCCUUCACACUGCAGGAAAACGGGACUCACAGCCAGCCCGUGUGGACUCCUACAGUUCUGUGAUAGACCUUACUGAAAGCUGCUUUAAAUAUCCUCUGGUGGAACAAUACUUGAGGACCAAACGCUUCUCUCGAGGAUUACUGAUCCGAUACCUCCUCUGCCGCACCAUCACUUUCUUGGCCCUCAUACUAGCCUGCAUCUACCUUUGCUAUUACAUCCGUCUCUCCAUCACAGAUGAGUUUCAAUGUGACAUCCGAUCUGGUGUGGUUAUCAACGACUCCUCAGUCCCUCCUGCCAUGCAGUGCAAGCUAGUUGCUGUGGGCAUCUUUCAGCUCCUCAGUUACAUAAAUCUUUGUGUGUAUUUGCUGCUGUUGCCAUUGUGCUUGUACGCCAUGUUGGUUCCAUUCAGAAGGACCAUAGGGUUCUUGAAGCCUUAUGAGAUGUUACCCACAAUAGGGGUAAUGCAGUUUGGGAAGGUGACCUGGGAUGAUCUUGCAUUAUAUCUGCUGUUUCUGGAGGAGAACCUCAGUGAGCUGAAGAGUUAUAAGUGCCUAAAGGUGUUAGAGAUGUUAAAAGAAGGGGGGGGCGAGUCUAUUGACACCAUGCUGCUGUUGCAGACACUUGGACAGGUUAAAACGGAUGUGGUGGACAGCAGAUUGCUAGAAAAGGACAGGAAAAUCUCCAGCACCAACAAUGGUGACACAGAGAUGAAAGAGAUUUCUCCACUGAUGCAGGGGGACUGCUUGAAAAAGCAUGAAGAUGAGAAGGUUGUGCGCCAGAGGGUAAUCUGAAUUGCCCAUUUACAGUAGCCCUAUAUGGUGACUGCAUCACAUUAAGGCUCGUAACUUCUGGAAAGAAUGAAGGAAUACAUUUUGGGCAAAAGGAGGAAAACAAUGGAAGUCUCGUCUUUCAUAAAUACUAAGAUCCACUAAGAUUGCAGUCAUAUUCUGUUUUGGUGCUUCUUGUUCUGGUGGUGAUGUGCUAACUGUUUUAUAUUACAUUAGUUUUCCACAUUCAGUUUCAUAGUACAUUUUGCAGUAACACUUGAACAGUUAUUCUGUUGUUACCACUGUAACAACAAUUUAGGCUGAUUAAGGUGCAUGGUCACACUGUCACCCAUAUUUUCAACUUGAAAUAAAAAUGUUAAGCUGUCUAAGCAUUUGCAGAUUCUGAUUAUGAUUUUUUUUUUAAUAAACUGAAAAUGUUGAAAUGUUAACCUACAUAGAUUAUUUUAGAAAUAUUGUUAAUAUUGUUGUGGAAAGAGAUGAAAGAAAAAACUGAGAUCAUAGAUCAUCUAUGGUUCCUGCCAAUAUUGAUACUGUCAUUUUGUUUGCCUUUCUAAAUUUGUUGUUUUUUAAUACAAGAAUUAUGUUGUUUUGUGUCUGUCUCUCUGCUCUGGAAAUAAAGUUAGGAAAUAAAGAUUGAUUUUUACAUUA